UGCUCAGCGACUGCGAUUUCGAUUGGUAUAUAAAGGCCAUUGCGACAUCCUGGAGAAUGCGUGGAUCUCAAUCCCCUUCACUUCCCAGAGUCUCUCAACGACCCGCCGAUCCAAUGUACGGACUCACGACCCUCACUCUCCUCGUUUCCAUCUCCUUGGGUGCCUUGGUCCAAGGCGAAAGUUUCGGCACCAUCCGAUCGGCGUCUCCCUUCCUAGCUGGGGUCCCCGGAAAAGACUGCGUCGCGAGCGUCCUGCAUGAAGGCACGCCAACAGGCAAGGUCGUCUCUCUCGGUGGCAUGGACACGUAUGUUUCUGUCCCAAAGAAACCGGCCCCAGGCCCGAAGAAAGUCCUGCUCUUCUUCGCGGACGUAUACGGCCCGCUUUAUCCCAACAUGAAGCUCAUCCAGGACUUCUAUGCUUCGAAUGGAUACACCGUAUUAGGUCCCGACUACUUCUUCGGCGACCCCAUUUACCCCCACCUCGAGGACCCGACGUUCAACAUGACGCAAUGGAUCUCUGAAAAGAUCCGGAUUGCGAACGAAGCGACGCCGAAGUGGCUCGAGAUUGUUAAACAAAAAUAUGGCGUCAAUGGCAAGAACGUCAAGUACACGGCAGUUGGAUACUGCUUCGGUGGACCGUUCGCUCUCGACCUGGCUGGAACUGAAGAUGUCGUCGCGGGUGGAUUUGGCCAUCCCGCUUUCCUGACGGAAGAGCAAUUCCAAAACGUUAAGCGGCCCUUGCUGUUGACCCUUGCCGGAACCGACGCUGUCUUCCCGAAGCCCAAUAGUCGUCGCGCUGAAGAUAUCCUCGUGGAGAACAAGGCGGUAUAUCACAUCCAGACCUUCGGCAACACCACCCACGGUUUCGUGACUCGUGGUGAUCCCGCCAUCGAGAACGAACGAUGGAGCUCAGACACUGCUCUGCGUACCUUUGUUGAAUGGUCGAACAGAUUCACUGCUUGAG